ACCCACGAAAAGGAGAAACAAGAGUUCCAGGGAAAAAUCACAACUGGGAUAAAGAGAGAGAGUGACAAUGGCUACGGAGGGAGAUGGGACUGCCGGUAGAUGCUAUAGCAGCAACAACGACAACAAAAACAGGUGGUCGCUUCAUGGAAUGACUGCUCUUGUCACCGGUGGAACCAAAGGAAUCGGACAUGCCAUUGUGGAGGAACUAGGGAGGCUUGGGGCGACCGUGCAUACCUGCUCCCGGAAUGAAGCCGAAAUUAAUGAAUGCUUGAAAGAUUGGAAGAGCAAAGGUUUCCGAGUCUCGGGUUCAACUUGCGACGUUUCCUCAAGAUCGGAGCGAGAGAAGCUGAUGCUCACCGUGUCCUCGGUCUUCGACGGCAAGCUCAACAUCCUAAUAAACAACGUCGGGACCAACACCUUAAAGUCGACCAUGGAUUACACAGCAGAAGAUUUUUCCUUCAUCAUGACAACUAACUUCGAAUCGGCUUACCAUCUGAGCCAGCUCGCACAUCCCCUUCUCAAGGCCUCGGGAGCUGGAAGUAUUGUGUUCUUGUCAUCCGUUUGCGGCGUUGUCUCAAUAAACGUCGGAUCAAUUUACUCAGCCACCAAAGGAGCAAUGAACCAGUUGACCAAGAAUUUGGCAUGCGAAUGGGCUAAGGACAACAUAAGAAGCAACUCUGUUGCACCUUGGUUCAUAUUGACUCCACUAGCCGAGCCUCUACUUAGUGACAAGAAGUUCCACGAGGAGGUGAUAGCAAGGACGCCACUCGGCCGCACCGGAGAGCCGGAGGAGGUGUCGUCUUUAGUGGCCUUCUUGUGCUUGCCAGCGGCCUCUUACAUAACAGGGCAGACCAUUUGUGUUGAUGGAGGAAUGUGGUCGCUUCACGGAAUGAGUGCUCUCGUCACCGGUGGAACUAAUGGAAUCGGAUAUGCCAUUGUCGAGAAGACAGCAAGGCUUGGGGCCACCGUGUAUACCUGUUCCAGAAAUGCAGCGGUGAAAGAUUGGAAGAGAAAGGGUGUCCAGGUCACGGGUUCGACUUGUGAUUUUUCCUUAAGAUCGGAGCGAGAGAAGCCGAUGCUUACUGUGUCCUCCCUCUUCGACGGGAGGUUCAACUUCCUAGUAAAUCAACGAACCAACAGACUAAAGCUGACCAUGGAAUAUUCAGCGGAAAAUUUUUCAUUUAUCGGCAUCGUUUCAAUGAAUGUUGGACCAAUUUACUCGACAACCAAAGGAGCAAUGAACCAAUUAACCAAGAAUUUGGCAUGUGAAUGGGCUAAGGACAAUAUAAGAGGCAACUCUAUUGCACCUUGGCACAUAAUGACCCCACAAGCCGAGCCUCUACUCGGCAAUGAGAAAUUCCACGAGGAGGCGAUAGCAAGGACACCGCUCGGUCACAUCGGAGAGCCGAAGGAGGUUUCGUCGUUGGUGGCCUUCUUGUGCUUGCCGGCGGCCUCUUACAUUACGGGGCAAACCAUUUGUGUCGAUGGAGGGUUUACCGUUAAUGGCUUCUUGCUUCCUAAAGCAUGA